CUUCCACGCGGGGGCACUUGUACUGCGGACUGCUGGCCACUUUACUCCGUACCUCCCUUCCAGCCUGUUCUUCAUCGCCUACCGCCAACUGUUCAACCUCCCACCCGUCCUACUUCACGCUGCAGCUUGUUAUCAACCCUUUCUCCCGAUCCCCAUUCGAGCCACUGAACAUUCCGCGUGCCCGUCCUCGCCAACCCCCCUCAACGUCAAACCGUACGCUUGCAUCAUGUCUGGCCAAGGCCAGCAACUUGGGUCCGAGGAUGCGGAGCGUGCCCAGACUCUCGCCCACUUCCAACAGCUUACUGGGUUAGAAGAGGACAGAUGUGUCGAAUACCUCGAACCUGCCAAUUGGGACAUUGGCCGUGCGGCCCAGGCCUUCUAUCUCGACGAAGAACAGCUGUCCGAAUCGAGACCAGAUGCCAGUGCCACUGAAGAAUAUACCGGGCCACGUACCCUCGAUGGUCGCCCCGCUCCGGAAGCCCUGCGUAACCCCAGAUCCUCCUCGUCUCGAGCCGCCGCUCCCCAGAAGAAGAAGGGCCUGGCAACCCUAAGUUCCCUCGCCUCUUCAAGCAACGUACCGGGUGACGAUGAUGAUGACGACGACGACGAUAUGGGUGAUAAUGACGACGGCCGCAAUCCCCGCGACUUGUUUGCCGGUGGCGAGAAGUCGGGCUUAGCCGUGCAAGAUCCCACGCAGGAAGGAUCUGGUGCGAAGAAGAUCCUAAAGGAUAUAUUGGCCAAGGCCAGGGCGAACGAAGGUCGUCCCGGUGCCGACUCCCCCGCCGGCCCCUCUAGCUCGUCCUUCUUCCGUGGCUCCGGCCAGACCCUGGGAGGCGACGGCGUCGAAAGCCGUGUCAUUCCGGACCCCUCCAGCGCCACCCCUGGUCGGCCGUCUGCUGGCAACGAGGACGUCCAGGAACGUGUCCUCCACCUCUGGCACGACGGCUUCAGCAUCGACGACGGCGAGCUGCGCCGCUUCGACGAUCCCAACAACGCCAAUGACCUAAACGCCAUCCGAUCCGGCCGCGCCCCUCUCCAGUUGCUGAACGUUCGGCCCGACCAGCCCGUGGAUGUUAAGCUCCAGCAACACGACGAGAACUACCAGCCGCAGCCCAAGGCCUACAAGCCCUUUGGCGGGACCGGCCACCGACUUGGGAGCGAAGUCCCGGGCGACGGUAGCAGCUCUUCGUCUCCUGCACCGCCGCCUGUCUCGUCCACUGCUCCUGCUGCCCCCUCCGCUUCGACGGGCACAUCCGCUGCCCCGACGACGUCGGUGGACGAAUCGCAACCCACGUUGACUCUCCGCAUUCAGCUGCCCGACGGGACCCGACUGCCUGCCCGCUUCAACACGACGCACACACUGGACGAUGUCUACGGAUUUGUCGAGCGUGCGUCGACUUCGGUCCGCUCGCGCCCUUGGGUCCUUGCGACCACUUUUCCCAACAAGGACCAUACGGACCGCAGCCUCGUCCUCGGCGAUAUUCCCGAGUUCAAGAGGGGCGGCACCGCUGUCGUCAAGUGGGCUUGAGUAGACGGGCGUUGAGGGUAGUACGAGGUCACAGCACCGGGGGGGAGAUAAUGACAUGGUCGGAAAGGCGUUCUGAUACUAUGAAAGUGAUCUAUCUGGUUGGUCUGGAUCCGGGUUGCGCAGCCGCGACAUCGCCGGUAGAGGUAGGCGGCUUAUAUAAUUUUCCCACCCAAGCAAUUCAAGUGGUAGACGCAGCCCAGAUGUAAUUACAUUUGUCGAACUCUUGAACCC